AUGGUGUGCACGCUGCUUCAUGGGCCUCAUUCCGCUCAGCCGAGUCCAUUUCGGGGAGCUGUGCUAGAGUUAAUGUGGGCUGGGCCGCACUAGGCACAACCUUUGGGAUUUGGCCUAAGUGCUGUUUGCUCUAAUGCUUUGGUAUGAGAGUCUGAGGGACCAAGUACUUUCACACUUGCCCUCCGGUCUCCUCUACACUUUAAGAUGUCUCCACUCAGCCGAGAGAGCAAAAUAUUGAAGAAUAAUCCAAAUUACGGCUGAACCGUAAAUAUACUAAAUAUACUAGUGAUAUCUUGCUAAAGUUAAUUUCAUAGCAAGAUGUUUUUGUAUCUUUAAAGGGGUGAUAAAACACGAUUUCACUUUUCUAACUUUAGCUAGUGUGUAAUUUUCCUGUUUGAGCAUAAACAACAUCUGCAAAGUUACAACGUUCAAAGUUUUAAGCAAAGGGAGAUAUUUGCUUUUAAAGAAAUCCAUUUCUAAGGACUACAGCAAACGGCCGGUAGGGACUACACGACAUUCCUUCAGGGUUGCUGACGUCACUAAGCCCAAUAUUUACAUAAACCCCUCCUCCGAGAAUAAUAGAUUAGGUGGGGGGCGAGGCCAUUUUAUAUUGCUGUGGAGAUUGAGAAGAGUUGUUGUAUGCUGGAGUAUUUUUGCCGCGAUGCCGACGAAACGCUGUUAUUUUCAUCCGGAUUGCAGGUCCACUUUGUUCAGCCUUCCUAGGGACGGGGAAGUUAGGGAUCAAUGGUUAAAAUUUAUUUUUAACUCGGUCCCUCAAAAAUAUUACCCAAAUCUCGCUCUCUGUGCUGCACAUUUUACGGAGGAAAGCUUCCACAAUCUUCGCGAGUUCAAUGCAGGAUUCGCCCAACGGCUUGUCCUGAAAGAUGGAGCAGUUCCAACUUUAAAAACAGAAGCUGUUUACGGGCCACAAGCUACAACAUCUCAGCAGGGUGCGAGUUCCCAAGAGCUCCCCACUACAUCUACACUUCAUGAAGUUGGAUGUCAGUCAGACCCUAUAGAGACCGAAACUGUAGCCACAGAGAUAAAGCCGAAGAUGCGAUCAGUGGGCACACAACUUUCAAUGGGCAUUCAGGCAACAUAUUAUGGUCAUGAUGUGGGCACCCAAACAACUGACAUGUUUCCUGAUGUGCAGCUGUCUUCAACACCAGUAAGGGGCUCAGUCUUCAGGCCCAGUAAGAGACCUCGUCUGGUGUUAGAUGAGGAAGAAGAAUCAGAAUUAAAUGUCGAACCCACUGAUUCCACAUAUAACCCAGAUUCUGUUGUCACUGAAGAAUCAGAAUUGGCGAUAGAUCCACAGCCCGACCACAGCGAUAACAAAUACAUUGUUUUUGAAAGCUGUCUUCGAGAGCUGUUUGUGUCCUGUCCAAUUUGUAAGGCAAAGUGUGUUGUCCAGAGCAGACGAAGGGGGACUUUUGUUGCAUUCACCCAGCUUUGUGAAAAGUGUAACUACUACAGACAGUGGCAGAGCCAGCCCAUUGUUGGGAGUACCCCACUUGGAAACCUGCUAUUGUCUGCUGCAACGUAUUUUACCGGUGGAUCUUUUAAACAACUAGAGAAGGAUUCAUGCCAGGAAUUUCAUUGAGCCUACCAUAAUACACAAGUGGAACCAAGAUCAACUAAAUCUCAUAAGACAGCUGCAAGAGGGAGGAAAUGUUGCUGUGGCUGGAGAUAUGCGUGCUGACACGCCAGGACACUCAGCAAAAUUUGGCAGCCACACCAUUUUGCACAUGGAAACCAACAAAAUUCUGGAUCUUCAACUAGUUCAGAGCAAUGAGGUUGGUGGCAGUUAUCAUAUGGAAAAGGAGGGAUUGAAGCGUUGUCUUGAUAAGCUGGAGUCUAAUGGUUUAGCUGUUGACUACAUCGUCACCGAUCGCCAUCCGCAGAUUCAGAAGUACCUGAGGGACCGCAAUAUCACUCAGUUCUAUGACGUGUGGCACUUUGAGAAAGUCCAAAAAAGGGGAAUGCACAGCAAAGCCAGUGAAAAUAGAACCAACAUACAACUAUGUCGAUGACCUUAUGAGCCUUCUGUUACAUAAAGUCUUUGUGGACCCCAAGCCAUAUGCGGAAGAGCUGCAUGCAAUCCCCAUUCCACCUCCUCUGUCAUCACAGUAUGAAAAACCUUCAUAGAAGAGGUGAUUGCCCAGCGUGUCACGAUUCAGUCGAGGGGUGGCCGGAACCCAACAUACUGUCCCGCUGGAUCAGGAAACUGUAGGCGGAUCCGGUUAACAACACAUGAGGGGAUGACAACCCUCACACUACGUCCUUGGUAGCCCCAGCACCAGC